CAAGACCAACGGCUAGGAUUUUCCCUGGACGGAAUAGGGUUCUAGCAAAAGAGGAAGAUGACGCUGGAGAAGGAAAUGCAUCGGCGGAGGGAUGCCUACAAGGAUUACGCCGAGCGGAGCGAUCGGCAAGACGAGGAGCAGCGUCACAGGCGCUACGAAGAUUAUCCCCCGAGCUGGCCAGGUAGGUUGGAAAUCCACAGGGAGAGGGAGGGUCACGACGGCAGGGAUUACAAGGGGAAUUGGGACUCGCGAGUCGAUCGGAGGGAUUCUCCGCGCAGUCCAUACAGGGAUCCGGGGGGCAGUAGUAGAAUCGAGCCGGGAAUAGCGGGUUUGAUCUUUAUGUGCAACAAGAAGACGCAGAGGAGGUGCCUCGCUUACAAUGUGCUUGGAAUGCCGAGGACCAAGAAGCGUUUCGCGGAUCACAUCACUCCAGGAAUGAAGCUUUUCCUGUUUGAGUUUGAGUCGAGAGAGCUUCACGGGGUUUUUGAGGCCGUGAGCUAUGUGGGGGUGGAUUUGGAGCCGAAAGCCUUCAUAGAAGCGGACAUCGAUUUUCCACUCCAGGUGCGGUUCCGUGUCGUGGAAAAGUGCCUACCUUUGCGUGAAACCGAAUACAAGGAUGCGAUUCUCGAAAACUACUACGAAAACAAUCGCUUCAAGUUUGAUCUAUCUAAGGAACAGGUGGUGAAGCUCAUGAGGCUGUUCAUGCCGGCAGACGUGCCCCGCGGCUCAAGAAGUUUUCACUACCCUCCUUCAGCUGGAACCAACUCAGUUGAUGACGCUUACUCGGACUUUAGGGGGCCAACCGAUAGUCGAACUUACCGCAGCGGUCGCAGUGAUCGUCAUCAAAGGGAUGAUCACUGGAAGAAUGAGCCUGAGCAGCAGGUUUCCAAGACGUCGUACGUUGAAGGGCCUAGUCGCGUUAACUAUCCAACUUACAACGAGUAUAAGGAGCCUGCUGGUCGGACUUCGUACGUACCACACGAAAGAUACUACGAGAGCGCAAGCGCAGCCAAGUUUGCACCUUCUCAGAGAUCUGAGCCGGAUACUUGGUGUAGCGCGAGGCCCAACGACUACGACUAUGGCGAUACUUUGGGACCCGGGCAACAGUGUGCUCCUUCUUCAUAUGCUGGCGUUUCUUCGAAAUGCGACGCUCUUGGCUACGGUAUCGGGAGACCAGAGGCCACCACAGCUUUAACCACUGACGCAGAUCGAUACUGGAAACCGGACAGCAGCGUUUUGCAGAUGUCCGCAGACUUUAGAUCGAGCUUUUACGGUCGACAGGGGUCGUCUCUAUAUGAUGAGAUGGGGAAUGGGGACAGGGUCCGGAAUAUGGAUCCGAUGGAAGAUGGUUCUUACAGGCUAGCUAGCAAGAAGGCUUUAGUUUCGGACAUGUUGGAUUAUCUCCCACCCACAAUGACCGCUCUGGCUCCUCCUGCAAUGUCACAGGUAAUGGCAACGGGAAAGCCAGCAACGGAAUACCGAGAGUUCGCGCCAACUUAUAGUUCUGACGUGAGAAAGGCCUCAUAUGGAUACCCAGAGGAUGUUACUAGACAGCCAAGCAGGUAUUCGUCGGUUGGCAAUGGUUUGGCUCUGGAUAACGGGCAUGCACUCAAUGGAGUAAGCAUUCCAGAGACGAUACCAAAGGAGAGGUAUAAGAGGGAGCACUCUCCAGUGUUUUCGGAUGCGAAGUACUCGAGGCAUCCGUCCGAAAGGGAAAGGAGUUUUGAAGGACGUCGGCACUUCGAAUACCAGCAGCCUGCCGCCAGCUCGUACUGUAGAAACUCUUCGGAGACUUACGGACGCCAACAGAAGCCUAGCGUAUGGGACAGGAUAGCAGCUCCUACGAAAAGACCGAAAAUGCAAAACUACGACAAAAAGAGGAGAGAGUUCUCCCCAGAAUCGCCUCAAGAAGAGGACUAUACUACUCUGGAAACCGAGCGGGACGACGGCACUUACGUGAUAGACUUUAAGAGACGAAACAAGGGCGAUGGGCUUGCAGGUACUAGCCACAAUGGGCACAGAAAAAAGAAGAUCGUGAGGCCGGAUUCGCAUUCUGCAGGGACUGUGGGUGUUAACUAUGGCCGCUUAGCCUCAAAGCUUCCUUCGCCUGGGGAGGUUGUCGAGCUUGUUCGAUCUCUCGGGGUGACAAAAGUUAGGAUCUACGACACUGAUGCGACCGUUUUGCAGGCCUUCGCCAACACAAGCAUCGAACUGACAGUCUCGGUUCCUAACAACGAUAUACCGGCUCUUGCUACAAACAUCAGCACGGCCCAGAACUGGGUGAAUAGCUCCAUAUUAUUGUUUUAUCCGCAGACGAAGAUCACAACUAUCUUGGUUGGCUACGAGGUGUUAACGGCUGGACAGCAUAUUACGCCAUAUCUCCUUACUGCUAUGGAGAACAUACAUUCGGCUCUUGCUACUCUAAAAAUCGACUCACAGGUGAAGGUCUCUACUACUCACUCGCUAAACAUUCUCAACAUGACUUCUCCGCCGUCGCUAUGCUCCUUCGACCAUGAAGCAAUCGUCAGACCUUUGUUACAGUUUCUAUCGAAAACGGGUGCUCCCUUUAUGGUUAACAUUUACACUUUCUCGACGUUUCAGCAGGACAAGGGUCGGAACUUUCCCGAGUCAUUUGCGUUGCUGAAACCCACUGGCUUCGUGGUCGUCGAUCCCAUUUCCAGGCUACGGUACGAGAAUUUGUUCUUGGCUCAGCUGGACGCGGUUUACUCGGCAAUUGGUAAUUUCGGUUUCAGUGACAUACAGGUGGCUGUCUCCGAGACUGGGUGGCCGUUCACUGGAAAAAGUGGAGCAAGCGUUCGCAAGUCAAGGUCUUACAAUCAAAACGUUGCAAGGCUUUGUCUCUCGGGUGCGGGGACCCCUCUGGUCCGUGACAGACCGAUCGAAGUGUUUAUCUACUCGCUGUUCAACGAGGAUUUGCAGCCGUCAUCACUGGCUGAAAAACGUCAUAGUGACUUCGAGAAUGCUAAAUUGUCUCGGUUGGUUUGCUUCACGCCAUCGAUCUUCGAACAAGCAAUGGCCUCCGGAUCAGCCAUCAUCAGCUUUUUCCUGCUAUCACUGGCUCUCGUGGCAAACGCAGCUGAUCCAGAUCCAGUUCUCGACUUCUGCGUCGCCAACAACAGCAGCAGCGGCUCCUCGGGAUCAUGCAGAAAUCCUUCGGCAGUCACCGGCCAGGACUUCGUGUCCGAGAUCCUCAGGAACAUCAACAACACGCAGGCUCCAAACACCUUCAACGCAAUUCUGGCGUCAGUUUCAACGUUUCCGGGCCUCAACACGAUGGGUCUCUCGAUCGCGAGGGCCGACUUUGGCGUCGGGGGUGUGGUUCCGACUCACGUCCAUCCCAGAGCAUCGGAGCUCAUCUACGUCGCGGAGGGGACAAUCUCGGCCGGAUUCGUGGACACCAACAACGUUUUGUUUGCUCGGACGCUCCAGAGAGGUGACAUGAUCAUCAUUCCCAGGGGUCUGCUCCACUACCAGUACAACGUUGGCAGCGAGCCUGCUACUACGUUUGCGGUGUUUAACAGCCAGGAGCCUGGACUCCAGCUGCUGGGGCCGAGCUUGUUUGGAUCAGAGAUCCCCACUCCAAUCCAAGGCGCACCAACAAAGCCACCCGAAACUACUGCUAUUCAAACUUUAAGGCAUCUCAAGCGAUGCCGUCUGGCUGUGCAAAUGGAUAUCCUAGAUCGGGUUAUCAGCAGUGGUGACAAGGCCCUUGCUUGGCAAGCUUCAGUCAGUGCUCCAGCACCUCGCGAUUCUAGCAGCGCUAGGCCAAAAUUUAUCCAAUCCGUGGCCUGGCUCGAACCUUUGAGGACCGGGGCUGUGGUGCCUCUCGUCUCAGCGGCUACGAAAUGGAGCCUGGUGGAUUUUCUGCGCUGGGGGAUCGAUAUGCCCGUCUCGGCUCUCUCGUGGAGCCCCUGUGGAAGGCUCUUGGCGUGUGGAUCGAGCGAGACGCCGACUUUCGCAGUGUGGGACGUCUCUCUCGGGGAGAGCACACCGCUGCGACGGGGAAUGGCCGGCGUCCAGUUCAUGAAGUGGUCGCCGCUCGGGGACUACUUGCUCACGGCCAAAGUUGACGCGUCGUUUCAUCUCUGGGAGACCAUGACUUGGACGUCCGAGCCGUGGGCCUCGGCUGGUGGAGCUCUCGUGGGCGCGGCGUGGAGUCCCGAUGGCCGGAUGAUCAUGGGUGCUUUUGAUCAGAGCAGCACGCUCGGGACUUUACACUUUGCUGGGAAGCCUCCGUCGCUGGAGGUGCAUUUGCUGCCUUUGGGACUCUCGGAGAUAGAAGCGAUUUGUGGACCCGGAGGAAGCAUUGAGAGGAUGGCUUGGGAUGGAACAGGGGAAAGGUUGGCGGUGUCGUAUACAGGUGGUGAUGCUGUAUACUCUGGUUUGAUCGCCAUCUACGACACGAGGAGAACACCGAUCAUAUCAGCCUCGUUGCUGGGAUUUGUGAGAGGUCCAGGUGCUGGUGCGAAGCCUCUGGCUUUCGCGUUUCAUGAUAAGCUCCGGCAGGGAGCUUUACUGGGCGUUUGCUGGAGCACGGGCUUCAUCUGCGUCUAUCCUAUGCUCUUCAGGACGGGCAUGUAGAGUCGUAUAUCAUCGAGCGAAGAUAUGAAGGGAGGUGAGCAUUCGUUUUUACUGUUUGCAUCGAAACAUUUUUGAAAUGAGCAUUUUUCAGUCCUCGUCA